AUGUCAAAUAUUAUUAGUAGUAAUAAUAAUAUUAUAGAUAGACAUAGUGAUGAACCAGAUGGAAAUGUAGAAUCAAUUAAUUUAGUUGAUUAUCUUAAUCAACAUCUUAUUAAUGAGAAAUCAUUCGAGCAAUUGGCAACUCUUAAACAAUCAUUGCUUAAAGAAAGAAAUACAAUCAAGAAUAUGUUAGCAACACAAUGUUCAUCAUCGACGCUUUCAGAGUUGGAGAAUCAGUGUAAUGUCGGUAUAGCUGAACUCAAUCAGAUGCAAGCGAACCGAGCGAAUCUACUAAAGAGUCUACGACAACAUAUUGAUCAUUCGCAUGUAGAUACCCUCUGUAAAUUCACAACUCUUAUCAAUCAAAUAACAAGAAUUAAGAAAUACAUUCAAAUAUUAUUAAUUAUACAUUUACUAUACAAUAAGAUUAAAUCAUUCAUUGAUAUUAAUAAUCUUGGUGCAUCAUUAAGACCGUUUAUCAAUCUAAUAGAGAUACAGAAUAAUCUACAUUGUCUAAAGUCACCGCUUAUCACCAAUAACGAUGAUCAACAACAACCUUGUUCCCAUCUGACAAGACUGAUCGAUCAUAUGAUAAGUGAUCUAACAACGCUUUUAGAGAAGAAAAUGAAAGAUGAGUUAAAACUUUCAUUGAAAGAGUUGAAUUGGAUAUCAUUGUCUGUCAAUUCAAAGGAUGGAAACAGUGGUGGUGGUGGUGGUGGUGUUACUGGUGGUAAUGAUAGUGGUGUUGAUGGAACUGGUGGUGAAACUGGUGGUAAAGACAAUCGUAUCAAACAACUGCAAUCUUCAUUCUCCAAUCUAAUUAUAUUGCAACUAACAACACAAAAGUAUCCACUGACACUACCAUCUACAACGACAGCAACAACAACAACAACUUCACCAACAGCAACAACAACAAUAACUACUACAAACACCUCCAAAACAAUAGCAACAACAACCACAACUACUGCAACUGCAACAACUAAAACAACUAAUAGUAACUCUAAAGCUUUGUCAUCAACAUCAUCCAAUUCAACAACAAACUUAUUACCUACUAGUCUGUGGGCAAUCGAUAUACUUUUAGAAUCACUGAUUAAAGGAUUCAAGUAUCAUUUCCAAACUAAACGUGUCACCAAUAUGCUCGCUAAACCAGAGUGGCCAAUUCAUCAUGUGAAACGUUUGAUUAAAGAUCAUCUUCCUUAUUUGACUGCAUUACAGAAUGCAUUGAAUCAACGAACAAUCGGAUAUAUCGAUGUAGUACAUUGGUUCAUAAGCGGUCUCGUCAAUACAUUGUCUAGUAAGUUCCGUGAUGACAUUCCUCUUCUCACGAGUGGUUCCGACAACAAACUAUUCUAUCAUACACUGGAGGAGUUAGUAACACUCUCACAAUAUCUAUUGGAUAACUAUCAAUAUCCAUAUCCAAUAGAAUUCAACAUAUUAAAACAAUCAGCAACUACAAACAAGAGAAAGAAGAGAGUAAGAAGUGAGAGUAGUGAUAAUGACGAUGACGACUAUGAAGAGGAAGAAGAGGAAGACGAUGAUAGAACAAAGUCACAAAUAGAACUAUUAGAUCGUCAGAUGAAAUCACCGUUUGUUGCUGUGUUUGAGAAUGAAUCGAUCUUUGACCAGUGGAUAAACUUGGAGAUUACCGCUUGUCAAGAGUACUUUGAUGCAUCGGCACAUUCACCAGACUGCUGGGCACCCUACUACAAAGAAGACUUUGCCGAUAUCGAUACGAUGAAACCAUCAAACUCUGCCUAUGAACUGAUAUCAUUGCUACGAAUGGUAACCGAUCGAUACACACAUCUCUCCGAUGUAUCACUACAAUUCCAAUUCUUUGUACAGAUACAACUUAACCUACUCUCAAAGUACAGCGACGAACUACACAGUUUGGUUCCAUCCGAUUCUUACUCUUGGGCGAGAACACACGAGUACGACGAACAUCAACUCAAAGAGAUAUCUUCAAUCUACAACUCUACCAUCUACAUAAAGAAUGUCUUAAAGGAUUGGGAUGAUCAAUUGUUGUUUAUUAAUAUUUAUGAUCAUAUGAAAUCCAACCAUGAUCAAGAAAUGUUAGUUAGUAAUGCUAGUGUAGAUAGUAAUGGUGAUGACAACAGUUACUCUGCAUUCCACUCUACCAUCGGUGUGUACAAAUCGAUUGGUAAACAGAUGAUGAAGAAGAUAGUAGAGAUUCUAUUCAACGGAUUCAAGAUAAAGUCUAAUCUCUACUUGAAGAGAGGUGCAUUCGUACAAACAAAAUCCAAUAUCUUCUUAAAUCCAAACAAUGCUGCAUUACUAUCACCAUCUGCCAAACAGGCUAAACAAUCUUCAUUGUCAACAACAACAACAACUAGCUCAACAGCUACAUCAGAUGAACUUACAAAGCAAACAUUAGUAGACGAAGAAGAACAAGAAGAUCAAAGAAGAAGUAAGAAUAGAGUAUCAAUUUCAUCAACAUCACCACCACCAACAACAACAGCAUCAUCUUUGUCAAGUAGUGGAGGUGGCUUGUUGGUAGACUACGAGCAAUCACUUGAUAUCUCACCAGAGUUGACAGAUGCACUCUCAACACUGAGAUAUCAACUCAGCAUUAUAGUACGAUCGAUUUGCUUCCAAAAGAUCAAUACACUCUGGCGAAAGCUCUCUGCAGAGAUCGAUCAGUAUCUAUUCAACCUAUUACUCAACUCUAGUCGAUUAAAAUUCACACACAAAGACGGUUUACAAUUCUCUAAAGACAUCAAAACACUAUUCCUUCUAUUCCACACAUUCACAGAUAAACCAGAGAAAUAUAUGAAAAAAAUAUACGAAUCAUCGUUAAUAUUACGUAUGAGCAAUAGUCAACUUGGCAAGUUCAAAGAGGAUCUCAGACACUACUCUGGUACUGGCACAGAAGAGAAGCUGUUCAAUGAUAACAACAUUUACAAUUUAAAUUUAGACCAGUUAAUAUCAGUCAGCUCAAUAUCAACAUCUUUUAUAGAGGCAGUUUUUAAUUAA